UCACCAGGAAUUGCUUUAGUGCUUUGGGUUGUUGGUGGUUUUAUUAGUUUAUUUGGUGGUCUAGUUUACGCUGAGUUGGGUAUUAGGGCAUUUCCUCGGGGAAUAGGAGAACAAUUCUACAUUGAAGAUGCAUUUCAAAAUAAUUUGGGGUAUAUAUUUAGUUUUGUUGCAAUUUUCGCAAUCUUUCCUGGAUCUAUAAUAGCUGAUUCCUAUACUUCUGCAAGAUACUUUCUUUAUGCUAUUCGAGGAAAUUCUGAUGACUAUGACAAAAUUAUUCAACCAAUUGCUGCAAUUAUUAUGUUAGCAAUUGUCAUGAUAUACCAUAUAUUCUCUAAUAGAUUGGCAGUCUAUAUAAAUCAAACAUUCGCCUUGAUAAAAAUUAUGGCCUUGCUUAUAAUCUCCAUAGUUGGGCUAGUAAAUUUAUCUAGCGCUAGUAAUUGGAAAACUAUUUUUAAUACACAUUCACCUACGUUGGGAGAUUAUAGUGAUGCUAUGAUAAAGAUUCUAUUUGCAUAUGAAGAUUUCCUUACUAAUGUUGCUUUUAUAACAGUGGUUGACCAUGACUAUUUUAUUAAAAUGACAGAGUUCAAUGAGAGUUUUGAUAAUGCUAUUGCCUUACGUUUCCUCGGAAAUAAUAAACUUGGAAUAAAGUUUAUGUCAGUGCUUGUUGCAAUAUCUGCUUUUGGAAGUGUUGGGUCAAUGUACUUUGUGUAA